AUGGCUCGUGGCGUGGGCGCUCCACUGCUGUUCUUGGCCUCGCCAACAUUGCUCAUGUUGCAAGUACUGCUACUGCUAUCUACGUCGUGCGCCCUGUUGCGCUCGGCUCACGCCGACGACCUGCUGACCGAGGGCUUCACUGCCGUGGAGCUGCCGGAGGCGCUCUUCAAGGUGCAGAAGCCCUACGACGUGCCGCUGCCCGAGCGCUACGAGUUCGUCGACGGCGUGCGGCGGAUGUGGGUCUACGCCACCGACCAUCCCAUCACCACCGCCCACCCCGGCGGCCCCCGCACAGAGAUCAAGAUCGAGCUGAACUACAGCUCCGGCGUGUGGCAGUUUGAGGGAUACGGCUACAUCCCGCACGGUACAACUGGCGCGUCGGUGAUGCAAAUCUUCGGCGCGGCGGAGCACGCGACGACGCUGAUGCUGCAUGUCUAUGACGGCCGGCUCACCUACUACCACGACGAUUCGAGGGUCGUCGACGCCGGCAUCUACGACAGGUGGUUCAAGCUUAACGUGAUCCACGACGUCACGGCGUCCAACGUGACGGUGUUCGUGGACGACCAGCACCGACUAACGGUACCCGGCCGCGGCGGGGACUCGCACUACUUCAAGUUCGGCGUGUACGGGCAGCGCAAUAACGGCAUGUCGUGCCGCAUGGAGUCGCUGUGGAGGGACGUCAAGGUCUUCACCAGGGACGUCAAGGUCUUCACCAGUGGCGUAGCUAGAGCAAAUGGGUGGGGGGUGUACAACUUCAUCAUGAUUAUAGUGAUCCAAAUGAUGUUCAAACAAAUAGCAUAA